GGACGUUACGAUGCUAGAUUUCGGGUUUUUGUUAGGCAGCUCUCUUGGACCUUUAUGAUUCCGUGGUUUGAGAUUGAAUUAUUUGAAGAGAGUUGUUUGCAGAAAAUUAUAGAGUUUACUGAAGCAGAGGAAGAAGAAAAGCUGGAACUAAGAAAUAAAGCAUCCGGAAAGGCGAGAAAAUAUUGGAUAAUAGGAGUUGCAGGUGUCGGUGGAGGUUUUGCUAUGGCAUUAACAGGUGGUUUAGCUGCUCCGCUUAUUGCAGCUGGUGGUGGAGCACUAUUAGCGUCUGCAAGUGCGCCAGUAAUCAGUCCAAACUUCGGUACUAGUUUACUGACUAAGUUAUUUGGAAUCCAAGAAAAUCAUUUAGCGUAUUUUAAAACUGAAAGGCAUUUUGGCCGUUCAAGUAAUUGCGAAUUUGACGUCUUAACUUCUGGACAGGAGUUACAUUUCACAAUUGCUAUUUCUGGUUACUUGACUAGAAAUUCUGAUAGCGACUUCUACAAACAAUGGUCGAUGCUUUACCUCAGCAAAGAACAAUAUAUCCUUAAAUGGGAAAGACGUCAUUUAGCUAAUUUUGGUACGAUCAUUGAAGAUAUACUAAAAGAAUUAGUUGUUGAGGAAGGAUCAGGAAUUUUACAGCAAACGGCUAUACCGGGCCUUCAUUCACUAAUAUCUUUGCCUGCACAACUUUCAAAAGCAGCUUAUAAGCUAGAAAAACCCUGGAGUACUUGCGUCAAAUAUGCCAAAAAGGUUGGUAAACAAUUAGCAACCGUCUUAAUGAAAAGAAUGGGAGGCUCGAGACCUGUUAGUCUGAUUGGUUUCAGUCUUGGUGCAAGUGUUAUAUAUUAUUGCUUAGAAGAAUUACAAAAACAGCCAAAUAAUAAAGGCAUUAUUGAGAGUGUUACAUUGCUAGGAGCACCUAUUGAACGAAAUUCGGACGAAUGGGAGCAAGUGGUAGAUAUAAUUGCUGGAAAAAUCAUAAACGCCUACUGUAGCAAUGAUUGGAUAUUGCAAACAAUUUUCAGAGCUACCACGAAUCGAGCUAAUAUAGCGGGUCUAUCGCCUAUUGUAUGUUCAAAAGGGAGAAUUCUCAAUGUUAAUUUAUCAGAACACGUUACGAAUCAUAUGGAUUAUACUGUGAAAAUGAAAGAUAUUUUAGAGUUGCUGAGAAUACCAACU